AUGGAAAAACUCACUCCAAACCUUCCCAGUGCGAGCUACCGUUGCGUGGUGGAGGUCCCAGAGCCCCAGAGCUGCCGCGGGAACAACUUUGCCAAGGCGGCCAAAUGGAGCCCGGACGGCAGCGUGGCUCUUGCCGUCCAUGAUGAUGAGCUGCUGCGCUUGUACCAGGUGCCCUUUGGCGAGGAUCUCGAAGGUGGUAGCCUUUGCCCCUAUGCCAGUGCGGCGGAAGGGGGUGCGGUCCUGGACUUUUGCUUCUUCCCGAGCUUCACUUGGGAGUAUCCAGCGACCUGCUGCUUUAUCACAAGCAGCCAGGACCAUCCGAUCCACCUGCGGGACGCGGUCACGGGCGAGCUACGCAAUAGUUAUCGGCCUUUCAACCAGGUGGACGAGGUUUGCCAUGCCAGCAGCUUGUGCUUCUCCACCGACGGCAGCAAAAUCAUCGGGGGAUUCCCCUUCUACUUGAGGGUCUUUGACCUUCAGCGACCUGGACGUCAAGUCGAGGACUGGCUCUUGAGCACGAAGAAGGGUACAGGACAAAAAGGCAUCAUUGGAGCCGUGGCCUCAUCCCCUCAGCAAGGAGUGUACGCUGCAGGCUCCUACCAUGGAAACGUUGCCGUGUACCAAGAAGGAUCCAAAGGCAAGGCGCUGGGACGCCUGAGUGAAAAGGGCAUGGGCGGCGUGACGCAGUUGAUGUUUGUAGAUGAGUACCUCUUGCUGAGCGGCCAUCGCAAAGAUCAGUAUCUCCGGAUGUGGGACCUUCGCAUGCUGGGAGAUUCUCAAAAGGCGUUGCUGAACCGAUUUCCGCGACAGGUGCGCACGCACCAGCGGAUGCUCUUCGGGAUUCAGGGCGACCUUGUCAGCUUUGGAGAUGACCAGGGUGCUGUGCGGCUCUUCUCUUUGAGCUCAUUCGAGGAGCUUGUGUCUUUUCCCGCACACCAGCGGCCCUGCACUGCCGCUACGCUUCGAAGGGAGAGCACGAAUGGGAAGAGUGGUGACCUUUUGAGUUGCUCGGGCUCACGGCACUUCCCCAACUAUGAUGUCGACAGCCCCAACGAGCUGCCAGCAGAGCAGGUGAAACGACCCCGCCUGGAGAACACCUUGAAGGCUUCGGAUGUGCCUUUUCUCGAGUGA